UCAUUUUCUCAAUCGUCCUUGUCGCGUUCAGUUCUUUGGGAGCAUUUCGCUUCGUCGUGUGUAAAAGCAUUUUCAACCUUGGUUCGUAGUGCGGUUUGCUGACAUUUUUCUUUAAUUUAAAGUUAAAAUCCAUUUGUCGGGUUUGUUGCUUUGCAAUGACCGAUUCUAACUUUUUCGUGGUAUCGCUCCUAAUUUUCAAAAUUAAACUAAUGGAGAGUGCAUUUUUGAUGCGUCGAACAAGUUUUCGCAUCCUCGUACAGUAGAAGAGAGUGGGCGUCAUCGAAGGACGAAACGCGUUCCGCAACAAAAAGAAGCUUUCGCGCAGGAGAAGGAAUAAUCCAUCAAAAGGCGAUAAAGAAGUGAAAUAGGUUGCGCUGGCUGGAGUUGUGUUCGUGCGAGAGUGGCACAAAUUUUUGGUCGAGUUCUACGGAGAAGUUCAGUUGCUGCCGAUAUAGAGUGUGCAACGGUGUGUGUGUGCGUUCUGCCAUUUGCCAUCCAGCCACAUUUUUCUCCAUUCUUUUGGCAUACACCGCACAAAGAAGUAACCGAAAAAACGAUACUUAAUCCAUAGACCUGUGAAGUAGUUUUGUUAAAAAAAAUCAUUUAGUGUUCAAAUUUCGCUGAUUCACAAACCGAUUGGCUUUGAUAAGUGGUGUCCAUGAAAUUGGAACUCAAUCUGGCAAAGGCAAACAGCUGAGAGUCAUUGGCUACGUUUCUACGGGGCCUUGCGUUCCAGAAGGAUACGGUUCUUUCGCCCACUGAUGAGUGCUUUGAAAGGCCGAUCGUUUGAAUCGAUACGGGACCGGACGACUUCUCCGACGUCGAUAACAAGCUCGUGUCAGUGACUGAAAGAGCGAGCGAGUGUGCGGAUCCGAACACAUAAAUUUCCUGCCCUAUUGGCACGGUACCAAAAAAAAUAACAUCGCCGCUGUCGUGUGCUGUUCGGUGUUCCACACCACCGGUAGUUGCAACUGAAACCUAAGGAAUAACAAUCAAAUAGCUUUUUGGCUACCACCAUCAUCCCGGAUCGCAGCUGUGGUGGCUAGACUCGGAACCUACCAAAUACAUGUGUGCGGUCGCACAGCGGUCACUGCUGUUACCACCCAACACUGCCAUCAUAGACGUUAACGAAGAACUGAAACAGGCUAAAUUUCUCUUACCAACAUUGACACUUGCUCGGUUUUUGCGGUAACGAAUAAUUUGGAUCGAAAUCAAAUUCCAAUCGAGGACAAGCCUGGAUUGAGGAAAUCACGAGAUUAAGGACUAAAAAGAACAAACGGCUGAGGCCAGCAACUAACCACCAACAUGACGUCGACUCAGCCCAAUCGAGAAUUUGUCGAAGGAUGGACACUAGCUCAGACACUCGGCGAAGGAGCAUACGGCGAAGUGAAACUGCUCAUCAACCGCCAGUCGGGUGAGGCCGUCGCUAUGAAGAUGGUUGAUCUGAAGAAACAUCCGGACGCGGAAAGUUCCGUCAAGAAGGAAGUCUGCAUCCAGAAGAUCCUGCAGCAUACCAACAUACUGAAAUUUUUCGGCAAACGAACGCAAGGUGACAUCGAGUACAUUUUCCUGGAGUAUGCCUCCGGCGGGGAACUUUUCGAUCGUAUAGAACCCGACGUCGGGAUGCCCAUCCCGGAAGCACAGCGAUACUUCAAUCAAUUGCUGGCCGGAGUUGACUAUUUGCACACACGAGGAGUGGCCCAUCGGGAUCUGAAACCGGAAAACUUGCUGCUGGAUGAGCACGACAAUGUAAAAAUCUCCGAUUUCGGGAUGGCGACUAUGUUUAGAAUGAAAGGUCGCGAACGACUCCUGGAUAAGAAGUGCGGCACGCUGCCUUACGUGGCACCGGAAGUCCUCGUGAAGCCCUAUCAAGCAACUCCCGCCGAUAUCUGGUCCUGUGGGAUCAUCCUAGUCACGAUGCUGGCAGGUGAGCUACCCUGGGAUCAACCAUCGUCGGGCUGUCCGGAGUAUCUCUGCUGGAAGGAGAACAAAUAUACGACGGCAACACCGUGGAGCAAACUGGACACGUUGACUCUUUCGCUGCUAAGGAAAAUCCUGGUACCGAAUCCGUCCCAGCGAUUAACACUGGACAAAAUACAGGACCACAAAUGGUGUCAGAUGCAGUUUAACCAUCAGCAAGGUCUGUCGGAUAAUAGUGGAAAUGGACGAGACGCGGUGGACGGUAUAGCGUCUCCCCGGUCCAAGCGUCUGUGCUCGAACCAAGAUCUAUCCACACCACUGGACGAUUCUACCUCGCGCAUGUGUCAGUCGCAACCAGUUCCUACGAUCAUCCAUACGGAAGUGAACGGAGUCGAGGAAGCAAUCGAAGCUCGCAAUGGAUUCUGCUUCUCGCAACCGACGAUGCUGGAUGAUCUGAUCCUGUGCACUCAGCUAAACCCGACGCAAUCGGUCGGUGCGACCCAGUCAAAUCCGUUCCAGCGGUUGGUACGCCGUAUGACACGUUUCUUCGUUUCGACCAAGUGCGACGAAACACUGAAGCGUCUUUCGUCUACAUUGGAAAAACUUGGCUACAGUUGGAAAUCGAACGACGAAGCUGUCAUCACUAUUUCAACGAUCGAUCGUCGGAAGCUGCAGCUGAUUUUCAAAGCGAACAUUGUGGAGAUGGAUGGGAAAAUUUUAUGCGAUUUUCGGUUAUCCAAGGGUUGCGGUCUCGAAUUCAAACGACGCUUCAUUCGGAUCAAGCAGAGCUUGGCCGAUAUUGUAAUGAAGGGUCCGGUGACGUGGCCCAUUGCCAUUGCGACCAAUUCGGUGCCUUAGAAGUGGAAGCUGCCAUUUAUUUCCCUUUGUUGGGGGAGAACUGCCGUUCUCACUUGAGAAUUUAUUCGGAAUCUGCGUUUACCGCGUAAUGUGGAUUGGGAUUUGAAAUCGUGUUCCUGAAAUGUACGUAUACGGUAUUCAGUUUAUAUGCUAAUAAUAAUGCGAGUGAUGAAUUCAGGAUUUUUGUUUUUUUUUCAUUGUUUCCUCUAAUAUAAGUAGAUACUCGUUCUUAAACAUGAAAUCAAUAGUUCGAGAA